CGCAGCAGAGACGUUCUGUGACAGUUUGAUGCUGCACUAUUUAAAGUGGAGAGUGGGGCGUUUUUAUUUCGAGCCAUUAGUGAUUAUUUAUGCUUUUCAGACAUCUGAUUGGACUCUCGGUUGAUAUGUUGACAGGGUGUAGGCGCUCUUGAACACGACCCAGCGUGCUGAGGCUGAGAGUCACGUUAUCUGACAAGGAAGCUUCAGCGGUUCAGACGGCUCGUUGCCUGUUCGGCAGCCUCUGGUUACAGAAACGAGGCUGCGAUGAUUCCACCCGGAGCCCUGCUUCUCCUCCUAUGCUGCUUCUCCAUGUGUCUGGCUGAGGUUUAUGUCCUGGACGACAGUAUCGGACUGGGGAGAACCUUUGAUGGCAUUGGAGGCUUGAGUGGAGGAGGGGCCACUUCACGGCUGCUGGUCAACUAUCAAGAACCGUAUAGGAGUCAGAUUCUGGAUUACCUCUUCAAGCCCAACUUUGGAGCUUCACUGCACAUUCUUAAAGUGGAAAUAGGCGGCGAUGCCCAAACCACAGAUGGUACAGAACCUUCACACAUGCAUGAUGAGAAUGAUGAGAAUUUUUUCCGUGGUUACGAGUGGUGGCUUAUGAAAGAAGCCAAGAAGAGGAACCCAAACAUCACUCUCAUUGGUCUGCCCUGGGCAUUCCCAGGAUGGAUAGGUCACGGGACCAACAGGCCAUACACCUUUCCAGAUGUUACUGCUAAAUAUGUUGUGUCAUGGGUCAUUGGAGCAAAACAACAUCAUGACCUUGAUAUUGAUUACAUAGGGAUUUGGAAUGAAAAGCAAUUUGAUGCAAAGUACAUCAAGGUGCUUCGAGGCAUGCUAGAUAGAGUCGGUUUAGUAAAUGUGGGCAUUAUAGCUGCAGAUGGGAACUGGGACAUUUCAAAAGCGCUGCUGCUUGAUCCAUAUCUCAGUGAUGCUGUUGAAGUGAUUGGUGUUCACUACCCAGGAACCACUACAGUACCAGAGGCCCUGCUCACUGGGAAGAGGCUUUGGUCCUCUGAAGAUUACAGCACAUUUAAUAAUGACAUUGGUGCAGGCUGUUGGGCUCGUAUUCUGAACCAGAACUACGUCAGUGGCAUGAUGACCUCGACCAUUUCUUGGAAUCUGAUAGCAAGUUAUUAUGAAGAUCUCUCUUUUGGCCGAGAUGGUUUGAUGACAGCGGAAGAGCCAUGGAGUGGGAACUAUGUGGUGGAAGCCCCAAUAUGGAUCACUGCUCACACAACUCAGUUUGCACAGCCAGGCUGGAAAUAUCUGUCCACUGUGCGGCACCUCGCUCAGGGUGGAAGUUAUGUGGCAUUAACAGAUGGCAAAGGCAACCUCACAGUUAUCAUUGAAACUAUGACCCACAAUCACUCUCAAUGCAUACGGCCUCCCCUCCCGCCUUACAGCGUUUCGCCUCAGACGGCAACUUUCCAGCUCAAAGGUUCCUUUGCUGCGCUCACUGAGCUCCAGCAGUGGCACUCGAAAUUUGAUUUUGAGACCAAAAAGGAUGUGCUGUUCAAGCACACUGAUCCAAUUAAGGUCCAAGAUGGAUAUUUUACCUUGAAGUUGGGUGUUGAUGAAGUUUACACAAUCACAACAGUGUUCAGUGGACAAAAAGGCCACUACCCUGAUCCCCCCAUCUCUGCACCAUUCCCCAAGAAAUAUUUUGAUGACUUUGAUGUCCGUAACCCUCCCUUCUCAGAGGCUCCAUAUUUUGCUGAUCAAACUGGAGUGUUUGAAUACUUCACAAACCUCACAGAUCCAGGACCGCACGUCUUCACAUUUCGCCAGGUCAUCAGCCAGCGGCCAGUCACAUGGGCUGAAGAUGCCAACCAGACCGUCAGUGUUAUAGGAGACCACAGUUGGCAAAACCUGACCGUGGCAUGUGACAUCUAUAUUGAGACUGUGAAUGGAGGCAUUUUCCUUGCAGUUAGGGUGGAUCAAGGAGGAGAAUCAGUGAGGAAAGCCAUGGGUGUCUUUUAUUGGGUAUUUGGAAAUGGCACAUACAAAGUGACCAAUGACAUAGGUGGACAGAAAGUUCUUGCUGAAGGAUUAUCAGGGACAAGACCAGGUGUUUGGCACACAUUAACUCUCACUGUAAAGGGUGAUCAUGCCUUUGGGAUGCUGAAUAAUUAUCCUCUAUGGAAGAAUGUUGUAGUACAUCAACCAAAGAAUGGCUGGGCUGCUAUAGGAACUCACUCCUUUGAAUUUGCACAGUUUGAUAACUUUCUGGUGAAUGCAGACUGAUCCCCAGCUACUUCAGAAUCUACAAAAUACAAAAUGUGCCUAUUUGAACAUCAUAACACUGUAAUGAUUUUUAUACCUGUGUGUGUGUGUGUGUGUGUGUGUGUGUGUGAAAUUCUUGAUUUUUCAAGUUCUAUAAAAAUCAAUGAAUGUAAUUUAAGGAGGUAAAGGAUUAUGAAUAUUAUGUAAUAAAAACCUCAUGAUUCAGAAAA